CCCGCGCGGAGCUCUCGCCGCCCCGGGGGUGGUUGCGCGGCGCGGGACGAGCAUGCUGCAAGCGCGGCUGGCUCCCGGGGUGGCCGCUGCCUCCCGCUGCCUGCGCUCCGCGAGCCGGGGAGAGCUCCCCGGGGCAGCCGGCCGAGGAGCUGGUGCGGAGGCCGGGCUGGUGCGGAGUCGGGCCUCCCCGCCGAGGUGUUGCUCUGGCUUCGGGAGGAAGUGGAUCAAACCCACAGGCCGGGAUACUGGGAUCCAGACCUACAACAGCCUGAGCAGAAGCAAAGAACCCUUAAUACUGGCCAAUGCAGGAGUGGCGACCUGGUAUAGCUGUGGGCCAACAGUGUAUGAUCAUGCACACCUUGGGCAUGCUUGUUCCUAUGUUAGAUUUGAUAUUAUUCGAAGAAUAAUAACUAAAGUUUUUGGCAACCAAGUAGUCAUGGUGAUGGGGAUUACAGACAUAGAUGACAAAAUAAUUAAAAGAGCCAAUGAGAUGAACAUAUCACCAUUAGCUCUUGCCCGAGUUUAUGAAGAAGACUUUAAACAAGACAUGACUGCAUUAAAGGUUCUUCCCCCAACAGUAUAUAUGAGAGUGACUGAAAAUAUUCCUCAGAUAAUUUCUUUUAUAGAACGAAUAAUGGCUAGUGGACAUGCUUAUGCAACCUCCGAAGGUAAUGUUUAUUUUGAUGUCAAAUCUAGGGGAGAACGAUAUGGAAAGUUAACAAGUGUUUACCCUGAUGUACAAGAGGAGAUGGUUGAUAGUGAUAAGCGACAUGUCAAAGAUUUUGCCCUGUGGAAGGCAGCCAAACCUCAAGAACUUUAUUGGGUUUCUCCUUGGGGAAAAGGAAGACCUGGCUGGCACAUCGAGUGCUCUACAAUUUCGAGUACAAUGUUUGGAAGCCAACUGGAUAUCCAUACUGGUGGCAUAGAUCUUGCGUUCCCACAUCAUGAAAAUGAAAUUGCACAGUGUGAGGUUUAUCAUCAGUGUGAACAAUGGGGAAAUUAUUUUCUACAUUCUGGGCAUUUGCUUAUUAAAGGAAAUCAAGAAAAAAUGUCAAAAUCAUUAAAAAACUACAUUACAAUUAAGGAUUUUUUGACAAAGAAUUCAGCGGAUGAAUUCAGAAUGUUUUGUUUACGCAGCAACUACAGAUCAGCAAUAGAAUUUGGUGAUGACACCAUGAAUGACGCAAAGAACCUCCUUCAGGCCAUCUCUUCUUUUAUUAGUGAUGCAAAUGCUUAUAUGAAAGGACAGCUGGUGUGUGACCCCAUUAAGGAAGAUAUACUGUGGGAGAUGCUAGCCAACACAAAAGCAAAUGUAAAGGCUGCAUUUGCAGAUGACUUUGACACCUCCAGGGCUGUUGCUGCAAUUAUGGACCUCAUUCACCAUGGCAACAGACAGCUUAAGGCUGUUACUAAGGAAGGUGGAUCUCCUAGAAGCCCUGUUGUGUAUGGGACCAUGCUUUCCUAUAUAGAGGACUUCUUUAACACUGUUGGAAUAUCUCUUGGAAACAGACAGGUUGUUCCAGAAAACAAAAAUUUAGCUAUGCUUUCCAGUGUGAUUGAUGAGCUAGUGAGCUUCCGUGUCAAGGUGCGGAAUUAUGCUCUUGCUAUGCCUGGAGCAACAGAAGCAAUGCAGGUGGAAGGUACCAUUCUAACAAAGGAAACAAAACAGGAAGAGAAAGAGACAAGACAACAGUUAUUGCUGGAGCGAGAACCCCUUCUGCAGGCUUGUGACAACCUGCGGCGAGACCUUGCUGCAUUUGGAAUCAACAUAAAGGACAGGGGUACUACUUCUACGUGGGAAGUGGUGGAUCAACGAAGAGAAGAGCAAAGAACUGAAACUGGCAGCUGAUAUAGCACAGGAACAUGAGUGGACUGAUCAUGUUGCAAUGAAUGCUUUAGGAACAACUAAAUUAAUUAUUUCCCAAUCAAAGUUUCAAAAAGGAACCUUACAGAAAUGUGUCUAAUAAUAAAGAGUGUUAACUUAAA